UUAUUUCCUCCUUUAAUUUCCAAAAUCUUAUACAAAGAUGAGUUGGUAGGUCCUCGUUCUCUGUCGAUGUAUUAUCAAUAUCUUCUCUCUCACACAAAUACAUCCACAGCGACAAGAGAGAGAUAAAAGACCAAAUACAGAGAGAGAGAGAGAGUCACCAAAUAGACCAAACCCUGAAGUUAAAUUCACACCAGCUACUUUGAUCAUCAGCUCAUCCAUAACCACAUACUCACCUCUCUCUCUCUUUCCUUAAGCUUCAGCUUCUUUCAAUGGCAAAACCAAACUCAGAUGACUUCACCUCCAAGAGACACAACAGCUUCCACUGGACACGAAAAGUAGGAUCAGACGAAAACGACGACGUUUCUGCCCAUAACCCUCUUCCCGACAGCAGCACUAAACCACUUCCCGAACCCAAACACAAUCCUUCCUCUUCAUCAUCUUCCUCCACUGUCAUCACUCCCAAAAGAAAACUCCAAUCUUUCGCCGUCUCUCGUCUCCGCUCGGUCAUCGCUUCCCUCAGCAGCAGAGCCCGACCCGGCAACAACUCCGGACUCGGGUCACGGGUCGUGGGCACGCUUUUCGGGUCCCGCCGCGGGCACGUGCAUUUCUCAGUCCAGAAAGAUCCGACUUCCCCUCCGGCGUUUCUCAUCGAGCUCGCUACUCCGAUCAGCGGACUGGUCAAGGAGAUGGCUUCGGGUCUCGUGAGGAUCGCUCUGGAAUGCGACAAGGCCAAGGAGGAAGGAGGAGGAGGAGGAGGAGAAAGCGAGACUCGCCGCCGUCGCGGCGGCGGAGGAGAUAAGACGAUUCCGCGGCGGUUGGUGGAGGAGCCGAUGUGGAGGACUUACUGCAACGGGAAAAAGUGUGGGUUCGCGACGAGGAGGGAGUGCGGUGAGAAGGAGAAGAAAGUUCUCAAGGCGCUCGAGAUGGUUUCCAUGGGCGCCGGAGUUUUGCCGGAGACGGAGGAGACAUCCGUCGGCGGCGGCGGUGGCGGUGGUGAUAUAAUGUACAUGAGGGCGAAGUUCGAGCGGGUCGUUGGGUCCCGUGAUUCGGAGGCCUUCUAUAUGAUGAAUCCUGAUAGCAAUGGAGCUCCUGAGCUCAGUAUCUAUCUACUUAGAAUCUGAUGAAGACGACUAGACGAAGGAGAUGAUCCUACCGAAGCCUCUACCUGAGAAGGAGGGUUUUAUGGUUAAGGAAGAUUAUUCCGGUUUAGUUACUUUAAAUAGUCGGUUAAGUGGUUCUUUUGGGGAAUUAAAUUAGCUAUGUCUCUAAUACUCAAAAAUCGUAUUCUAAUCGAUGUGAACGUGAUCUAUCGAUCGAUGAUGCGUUAGAGCAAGUUUUUUUUUUCUUUUUUUCGGGGGAGGUGGGAUUAGAAGGUUUUAAACUUUGGUAUAUGGAGCUGGAGGACUUGUAAAUGUAUAAAAUUCGCUUUUAAAAAAAUGUGUAAUUUCUUUGUUGUUUUAAAAA